AUGGGGGCGGGCCUGGACGCCUGCCCGGCCGUCCCCAUGUGACUGGCCGAGGACGACCUGGGCUGCAUCAUCUGUCACGAGCUGCUGGCCCGGCCCGCCACGCUCUCCUGCGGCCACAGCUUCUGUCACAACUGCCUGAUCGGUCUGUGGGGCGCAGGGCGCCACGGGUCCUGCCCCACCUGCCGCGAGGGCGCCGAGCGGCCGCUGCAGCUGCGGAAGAACACGAUGCUGCAGGACCUGGAGGACAAGUACAGUCGGGAGGCGCGCGAGCUAGAGGGCCCGAACCCAGCGCCCGGACCCCCGCGCCGCACCGCGCAGCUGCCGGUGGUGGCGCAGAAGAGCCUCAGAGAAGUUGGCUGGGGGCUCGCAGAGCUGGUGGAACGGCUUAUAGAUAUUGUCAGGAACCUUCAGAGUCAGAGACAUCUCCCAGAAUCUGAACCAGACAAUGAAAUUAGCAUCCUGGCUGUGCCUUUGUCAGAUGGAGUGGACCUUUCCUUGGCUUCUCCAAAACUAGUGACUUCCAACACACCUGAGGGGAAAAUGAGAGAUCUCCAUGACCUAGAAGAGAUCCAGGAAAAAUUACAAGAAAACUUCAUGUGGAAAGAGGCCCUUGAAGAAUAAAUGCAGGUUGAACUCCCAGAAGCUCUGUCUUCCUCCUCAUGCCCACUGCCUGACCAGAGCCACCUGGCACCCAAGAGGGCUUCCUUGUUUGCUCAAUGGGUCAUCAAUCCAACCUUUGACCUAGGGAGCCUCUCCUGUAGCCCGGAGGUGUCCAAGGACACUGUACCUCACCGCCCACAGCCCUAUACCUGGAGUCAUGAGAGGUUUGCCUCCUGCCAGGCCUUAUGUUCCCAGGCUCUCUCUUCUGGGCAGCAGUACUGGGAAGUGGACACUCAGCGUUGUAGCCACUGGGCAGUUGGGGUGGCUUCCCGGGGGAUGAGGCGUGACCAGACCCUGGGAAGGACCAGGGAUUCCUGGUAUGUAGAGUGGAAAGGGACUAGCCAGCUCUCUGCAUGGGACAUGGUCAAGAAAACUGUCCUUGGCUCAAACAGACCUAGUGUGGUGGGCAUCUGGCUGGACCUUGAGGAGGGAAAGCUUGCCUUCUAUUCCGUGGCUGAUCAGGUGAAGCUCCUCUGUGAGUGUCCAGUCUCUGCUGCCUUUCCUCUGCACCCUACCUUCUGGCUGUAUGGCCUAUUCCCUGGAAGCUCUCUGACUAUAAGGCAAAUAAGCGUAUAA